AUGCCGUCUUCAGAGCAGGUGUUCUCCACGCCUCUCACUAGGCUGUUCAACAUCAACCACCCCGUCAUGCUUGCCGGCAUGAACAUCGCCGCCGGACCCAAACUGGCUGCGGCCGUCACCAACGCAGGCGGCAUCGGCGUCAUCGGAGGCGUUCGCCAGAGCCCCAAAUUCUUGCAGGAAUCCAUCAACGAGCUCAAGAGCCAUCUGGAGCACAAGGACGCGCCCUUCGGCGUCGACCUGCUCAUCCCCAAGAUCGGGGGAGGCGCGCGGAAGACCAACCACGAUUACACCAAGGGCCAGCUCUCGGAGCUCAUAGACGUCAUCAUCAGAAGCAAGGCCACCCUCUUUGUCUGUGCCGUAGGCGUCCCUCCGAGGGACGUGGUCGACAAACUGCACGCCGCCGGGAUCGCCGUCAUGAACAUGAUAGGACACCCAAAGGUGAGCCCUCGACAACUGAGACGACGUGUUGACAUCAUCGGCGCCCAAGGCGGCGAAGGCGGCGGACACACGGGCGACACGCCGUUCUCCAUCCUCAUCCCCGCCGUCGUCGACCUCUGCAAAGGCGCCACAAGCCCGCUCACCGGACAGCCCGUCGCGGUGGUCGCAGCGGGUGGCAUCGCCGACGGCCGGGGCCUUGCAGCCGCGCUCUCCUACGGCGCGUCGGGGGUCUGGGUCGGCACGCGCUUCGUCGCGAGCGAAGAGGCAGGCGCGCCGCCGAUACACAAGCAGCUCGUCGUGUCUGCUGGGUACGACGACACCGUGAGGACGCUGCUCUACUCAGGGCGGCCGAUGAGCGUCCGCAAGACGGACUACGUCCGCGACUGGGAGGAGAAUCGUCACGAGGAAAUUCGCAAGCUGACAUCACAGGGCAAGAUACCGCACGAGGUCGAACUCGAGAAACAUCCUGAAAAAUCGCCCGAAGGCAGAAUGUGGCUGAUGGGCCGGGUGGCUGGCUCUAUCAAUGAUAUCAAGCCAGCGAAGGACAUCGUCGACGAACUCGUCACCACGGCAGCCAAGAGCCUUGCGUCGGCGAACAGCUUCGUCAUUCAGCCACAGAAGGCGAAGCUAUGA